AUGAUUCGAGCAGUGGUCGACCGUGGUGUGACCCCACCACGCGGCAUCGGCGCGUCUGCGCCGAACGAGCGCGCAAAGCCGACGAUUCCCUCGAAUACCCGUGUCGAUGGAGGGUACGUCGUGAGCCAGGGCGUGUACAGUACCGCGCCGACGUACGACAAGCAGAUCGUGCGCGAGCUGAUUGUCCAGCGCCGCCUCGCACCGUUCUUCCCGGCGGUGGACGAGGAAGAAAAUGCAAGCGAGUGCCCUAUCUGCUUCCUGUGCUUUCCCACCCAGCUCAACCGGUCCCGCUGCUGCCUCCAGCCGAUCUGCACCGAGUGCUUCGUGCAGAUCCAGCGCGUGGACCCAACACACAGCAUGCCGCCCUCGUCGCAGCCGGCCAUGUGCCCGUUCUGCGUCGCGCCCGAGUUUGGCGUGGUGUACGACCCACCGCAGGCGAGCGAUGCCUCGGCGCGGCCACAGCAAAAGCAAGAGGCCGAAGAGGCAAUCGAACGCGCUGCUACGGCGAUUGGCACGGGCGGCGCGUCGGCCGGACAGCGCACGUCGUACGGGCCGGACCAUCCCCGCGUCGUGUUGGUCGAUGAGGUGCACCCCGACUGGCAGUCCAAGCUCAAUGCGGCGCUCGCAGUGCAGGCGCGCCAGGCGAACCGCCGCGUGAUCAUGCGCCAGGUCGGCGACCGCCUCGUACCGAUCGGCGUAUCGUCCUCGCGCACAGGCGAGAGCCUGGCCAACGCCGUGAGCCAAAACGCACGGCUGGGGCACAAUGGGCCGGGUGGGAGCAUCAUUCUCAACGAAGACGCACACGUGCGCGACCUCGAGCUCGACGGCGCGUCGACACGGACACCGAAUGCGCUACAGCGCGGCAUCGCCGCGCGCUUCCGCGGCGGUGAGCGCCGGCCGCAGAUCGGUGACUCGAUGGCACGCACCAUGCUCCAACUUUCGCCCCAAGAAAUGGAGCAGAUUAUCCUGAACGAAACGCUGCGUCUCUCGCUGCGCGAGCACGAGGCGACGCAGCGCCGCGGUACACAAAACGAUGCCGCAUCGACACGCUCGGGAUCGCCGACGCAGUCGCGCUCGAACCGCAACUCGCCAGAGCAGCGCCGGCCGCGCAUGUCGCUCGACCUUUCGCGCUUUACGCGCUCCUCGACCGAGCAGCCACGCACGUCGCGCAUGUCGUCUGAUACGUCGCGGUCCGCACGCAACUCGCCCGAAAGCCAGCGGAGCGUGCCGAUCCCCGAAAGCCAGGUCAGAGCGCCCGAGCCCGAACCCGAGCCCGAACCCGAGCCCGAACCCGAGCCCGAGCCGAGUGUGCCGGCCGUCCAGCGCCAGAGCGUGCCUGCCCUUGCCCCCGUCUCGGAGCCGGCUCCAGAGCCAGUACCCUCGGCGCGUUCGCAUAGCGUGUCGGCAACGCCCGCCGACCGGCCGGUGGCGGCGGCGCCGCCGCCGACCGGUGCGCCGUCGUUCUUGGCCAACUAUUCACUGGCGCCUGCUGCGACGCCCACGCAGGCCAGCCAUCCCUUCCCUACACGUUCCUAUGAUACAUCUCCGAUCUCCUCGAUCGCGCCGUCGUCCCCGGCUCCCAGCGCACCUGCUAGUCCCUUCCCCCAGACGCUGCCCGGCGGCGCUCCGCGCACGCCCACGGCUCCGUCUGCGGCCGCGCCUGUGACGCCCGACCAGACGCGCCCACGCACCGCGUCCAACACGCCCGUGCACCUUUCCAAGACGAUCUUACAAGAUUUGCAAGAGCUCUCCGGGGCGCCACCGGCCCCCCGCACGCCGAGCACCAACCCCUUCCGCCGGUAG